GAAGGGAGGCAGACAGGGCUAUGAAGGGUAAACGGUUAAAACAGUUCAACUAGUAAUAUGAUUAGUUAGUUUUUUUCCAACAAGGACCUCAGAACCGCUGGAUUUUUCCAUACUGGAUAUCUUUUUUUAUUUUUAUUUUUUGUCGUGGCGGAGGAAAGUUUGCCGUUAAAAUUCCCUCUCUCAUCUUUUGCCAGUAACGGUUAUGUGGUUUUUUCCAGGGGUAAGCCGCUAGCAUAAACGCAUACCUGGCUCAGGUCUGAUGUAGUCCGGUCUAUCCUCGCCUUCGUAGAUAGCUAGCUAAACGCUGGGACGCUCAAACAAAGAAUACUUUUUUUUUUUCAACAAAAUGUAAUUUCUCGUCCUCCCGUGGUAGCCAAGCCCAGCAGUUGGCAUCUUGAAACAGCUGGGUCGUGUCGAGAAGAUUGUGGAUUAACGCUUUUCUCCCCCUGAAGAAACCCCGGACGCGUUUAAGUGGCCGCUAGCCAAAAUGAGUGUCGUUUUAAUUGUAUCAACGACAUGAGUGGAGCCUAACCAAACACAUAUUUUUCCCAAGGAGUGCGCUGUGGUUCUUUUUCCAUAUCUGCUGAAAAAAAACGGUUCCCUGGAAAAUAUGGAAAGCGAGGUUUUCACUCCUUUACUGGAGCAGUUUAUGCUCUCGCCUCUGGUCUGCUGGGUAAAGACUGUCGGGCAGCCAACAGUGACCGAUGGCUCCAAACUAUCGGAAUAUGUUGAAUUAGUGGAUGGGAUUUACCUGAAUGAGGUCAUGCUUGAGAUAAAUCCCAAAUCCACAGUGCAGAGGACCAACAAAAAAGUCAACAAUGACCCUACACUACGCAUUCAGAACCUCUCGAUACUCAUCAGACAGAUCAAAGGCUAUUAUCAGGAGACUCUCCAGCAACUGGUGAUGAUGCCUUUACCAAAUGUACUGGUGCUAGGCAGGAACCCUCUGUCUGAGCAAGGCCUGGAAGAGAUGAAGAAACUAUUGUUGCUGCUGCUAGGCUGUGCUGUCCAGUGUGAGAAUAAGGAAGACUACAUCGAGCGUAUCCAGACUCUGGACUUUGACACCAAAGCUGCUAUCGCAUCCCACAUUCAAGAGGUGACUCACAAUCAGGAGAACGUAGUGGACCUGCAGUGGUUAGAAGGUGGGGAAAUGCCUCCAGAGGACACAGAAAGCCUCUCCAGAAACCUGGCUUUUCACCUUAAACGCCUGGUGGACGAGAGAGACACACAGUUGGAAACUAUAGUGGAGCUAACUCAGGAGAGAGACUGCGUGCAGUUGUCUCCUCUGGCUCCCUGUCCAACCCAGUCUCCUGGUGACUCCCCUAGUAUGAGGAGGACUGAAAGCCGACAGCACCUCUCUGUGGAGUUGGCUGAUGCCAAGGCCAAAAUCAGACGCCUUCGACAGGAACUAGAGGAGAAGAGUGAGCAGCUGUUGGAUACCAGGCAGGAGCUUGAAAACAUGGAAGUGGAGCUCAAAAAGCUUCAGCAAGAGAGCUUUCAGUUGCUGUCAGACGCUCGCUCAGCUCGGGCCUAUCGUGACGAGCUGGACGCACUCAGAGAGAAAGCAAUCCGUGUGGACAAACUUGAGAGCGAGCUGAGCCGUUAUAAGGAGAGACUUCAUGACAUUGAGUUUUACAAAGCCAGAGUGGAGGAGCUUAAAGAGGACAACCAGGUAAUGCUGGAGACUAAGGCAAUGUUGGAAGAACAGCUGGAAGCUAGCCGGACCAGGUCUGACAAACUGCACCUCCUGGAAAAAGAAAAUCUGCAGCUUAAAUCAAAGAUUCAUGACCUGGAGAUGGAGAGAGACAUGGACCGUAAGCGCAUGGAGGAGUUGUUGGAGGAGAACCUUGUGCUUGAGAUGGCCCAGAAACAGAGUAUGGAUGAAUCUCUGCACCUUGGCUGGGAGCUGGAACAACUGUCCAAGACACCAGAACUAACAGAAGUCCCUCAAAAAUCUCUUGGUGAAGAAGUGAAUGAGCUGACCUCGAGCCGCCUGUUGAAGCUGGAGAAAGACAACCAGACCCUGCUGAAGACAGUGGAGGAGCUUAGAGGAGCAGGCGGUCAAGAUAUUGUGUCGAAACUAUCAAAAGUCAGCCAGGAAAACCAGAGAUUGACCCAGAAACUGGAGCAGCUGGAGAACGAACUUGCAUCAGACAGAGAGUCACUCCGCAGUGCUGAGUCACUCAGUACGGACCUAAUGAAAGAGAAAGCUUUACUGGAGAAGACUCUAGAAACACUAAGAGAAAACUCUGAGCGGCAGCUGAAGGGUUUGGAGCAGGAGAACAAACACCUGGGCCAGACUGUGUCAUCUCUGCGUCAGCGCUGCCAGGUCGGGGCUGAGGCCCGGGUCAAAGAUGUAGAGAAAGAGAAUAGAGUUCUCCAUGAAUCCAUCUGUGAGACUACCGCCAAACUCAAUAAAAUGGAGUUUGAAAGGAAACAAAUACGUAAGGAGCUUGAAGUGAUGAAGGAGAAAGGUGAAAGAGCAGAAGAGUUGGAGGUUCAGAUACAAAAGCUGGAAAGGGACAAUGAAAGCCUGCAGAAAAAAGUUGCCAGCCUUGGAAUCACCUGUGAAAAGGUGUCUUCCUUGGAGAAGGAGAACUCUGAGCUGGAGGCAGAGGGACGUCGUAUGAAGAAGAAGCUUGAUUCUUUGAAGAACAUGGCUUACCAGCUAGAGGCGUUGGAGAAGGAAAACUCACAGCUGGAGCAGGAAAACCUGCAGCUUCGACGCUCAGCUGAGAGUCUCAGGUCUGCGGGGGCUAAGGCUGCUCAGCUAGAAGCAGAGAACAGGGAGCUGGAGAGCGAGAGGAGCCAGCUGAAGCGCAGCCUGGAGCUGCUGAAAGCCUCGUCAAAGAAAACUGAGAGAUUAGAGGUGAGUUAUCAGGGCCUAGAUACAGAGAACCAACGCCUGCAGAAGGCCUUGGAGAACAGCAGUAAGAAGAUCCAGCAGUUGGAGGCAGAGCUGCAAGAGGUGGAGACUGAGAAUCAGACCCUACAACGCAACCUAGAGGAGCUCAAAAUCUCUAGUAAACGCCUGGAGCAGCUGGAGCAGGAGAACAAAACUCUUGAGCAGGAAAGCUCCCAGCUUGAAAAAGACAAGAAACUUCUAGAGAAGGAGAACAAGCGUCUGAGGCAGCAAGCGGAGAUCCGUGAUGCCAAACUGGAUGACAGCAACCAGCGGAUCUCUUCUUUGGAGAAAGAGAACCGCACUAUGGGCAAGGAGAUGAUCUUCUUCAGGGACUCCUGCACAAGAGUCAAAGACCUGGAGAGGGAGAACAAGGAGCUGGUCAAACAAGCCACCAUCGAUAAGAAGACACUAACAACACUCAGGGAGGAGCUUGUGAGUGAGAAGCUGCGGACUCAGCAGAUGAAUAAUGAUCUGGAGAAACUGACCCAUGAGCUUGAAAAGAUUGGACUGAACAAGGAAAGGCUGCUGCAUGAUGAGAGUUCAGACGACAGGUUUAAGCUCCUGGAAACCAAACUUGAGUCAACUCUUAAAUCAUCAUUGGAGAUCAAAGAGGAAAAGAUUGCUGCCCUAGAAGCCAGGUUGCAGGAGUCUUCAAAUCUCAACCAACAACUUCGCCAGGAGCUCAAAACGGUAAAGAAAAACUAUGAGGCUCUGCGUCAGAGGGAGGAAGAGGAGAGAAUGGUGCAGAGCUCGCCUCCAAAAGGAGGGGAAGACCCUAAAGCUGUCAGUAAAUGGGAGAAAGAGAGCCAUGAAGCCACCAGGGAGCUGCUAAAGGUCAAAGACAGACUCAUUGAGGUGGAGAGGAAUAAUGCCACACUGCAGGCUGAGAAAGCAGCUCUGAGGAGCCAGCUCAAACAACUGGAAACUCAAAGCUCCAAUCUGCAGGCUCAGAUAGUGGCUGUGCAGAGACAAACUGCUUCUUUACAGGAAAACAAUACAACGCUUCAGACACAGAAUGCCAAGCUGCAGGUGGAAAACUCCACCCUAAGCUCACAGAGUGCUGCCCUCAUGGCCCAGAAUGCCCAGCUGCAGACCCAGCAGACCAGUGUGGAGAGUGAAAAAGAAGGAGCUCUGAAGGAUAAAGAAGAGCUGAGGUCCACCUAUGAACUGCUGCUCCGUGAUCAUGAGAAGCUGGCAGCACUCCAUGAAAGACAAGCGGCAGAGUAUGAAGCUCUGAUUGGGAAACACGGAGGCCUGAAGAGUUCACACAAGAGCCUUGAGCAGCAGCACAGGGACCUGGAGGACAAGUACAAGCAGCUCCUGCACAAGAAAGGGGAGCUGGAAGAGCUUGAGAAAAAUUUGAAGGCACAGCAGGAAAAAAUGGCACUCGAAAAUGAAACGCACCAAGCCACAGCUGACCAAUGCAAACUGCUCAAAGAAGAGAAUGAUAGACUAAAUUCCACCUAUCGUCAGCUGUUGAGGGACAAUGAAAAUCUGCAGCAGGACCAUAAGAACAUAAAGACCCAGCUGAACAGUGCCAAGCUGGAGCAGACAAGGCUGGAAGCUGAGUUUUCUAAACUGAAGGAGCAGUACCAGCAGCUGGACAUCACCUCCACCAAGCUCACUAAUCAGUGUGAAUUAUUGAGCCAACUGAAAGGAAACCUGGAAGAAGAGAAUCGUCACCUGUUGGACCAGAUCCAGACUCUGAUGCUACAGAAUCGCACACUGCUAGAGCAGACCAUGGAAAGCAAAGACCUGUUCCAUGUGGAACAAAGACAAUACAUAGACAAGCUAAAUGAGCUGAGGAGACAGAAAGAGAAGCUUGAAGAGAAAAUCAUGGACCAGUACAAGUUCUAUGAUCCCUCUCCACCACGCAGGCGCGGCAACUGGAUCACUUCAAAGAUGAAGAAGCUGAUCAAGCCCAGGAGCAGGGAGAGGAUGCGCUCUCUUACUCUGACACCUUCUCGUUCAGAGUGUGGUGAUGGUUUCCUCAGUUUCCCUCAGGACAGCCAGGACAGCUCCUCUAUCGGCUCUGGCUCCAACUCGCUGGAUGACACACUUACACAAAAGAGGAGCAGCAGGAAGAGAGGGCAGCAGUCACAUGCCCAAGGGCAGGGGUCCACCAAUGCUAUAAAAAGGUUGCCUUUCAUGAGGAACAGAUCCAAGGACAAAGACAAGGCCAAGGCCAUCUACCGGCGCUCCAUGUCCAUGAAUGACCUCCUGCAGACAAUGGCGGUUGCAGGCAGCAUUGAGAACCUUGAUGGCGUUGAGCCUGUGGAUGAUGGGAUGACUGGUGGAAGCAGGCGCAGCGGGCAGCGCAUGAAGGAACUCGCCUUUUCUACUAAUGCCAUCGACUGUGCCACUCUCACACUGCCCAGUGCGUGUCAUAGCAGGGCCAAGCAACGCCUGCGGGUUAAAGAAAAUACUUCUUGUGAGGAUGUGGUCAGCUCUGUAGACGAACCAAAGAGUCAAGGCCUGCAGGUGAAUAGCAGUGCUAUGUCUCCUCCUGCUGAGUCGAGUGUUAGGUGCAGAGUGCCCUGUAGCAUCUGUACCUCCAGACCCUCCAGUCUCCAUAGCAACAGGACCACCAGUAGUAAUAGUAACAAUAACUCCCACCUCACUUCUCCUCUGGAGGGCAAAGGAACGUUAAACGGCAGCCUCAGUAGACCUCACAGUGAGAGCAGCGGAGAGUUCAGCCUCAGCUUGGACCAAGAGGUUUGGUCCAGCAGCGGCAGCAGCCCCGUUCAGCAGCCAACCUCCUCACGUUCCUCCCACCAGAGCCCCCUGCAGCUGCGGAGGUCCCUUGAUCCGUCCACUGUAGCUGGAAUCCCUGGCCAGGCCCAGACCAAACCUCCAGGGAAUGAGGUGCUCUCCCUGCAACAGUUCCUGGAUGAGGGUAUUGAUCCUGCAGAGUCUGGCAGUCAGGAGAACCUCACUGUCGACUCUCCUCGCCUCUCCACCCCUUCUGAGCAUGGGCAGAAAGAACGCACUGCAACAAAAGGGCGGGGCAUAUUACGCUCCUCUAGUGGGAAAGCAACACUUGUUAGCUCUGAUCGUCCACCAAGAUCUGCUGGACAACCAGGACGCCCCACCCUGCGUAAGGCAGAGAGCACCCGUGUGAAAGGAUCCGUCCCAGUCCGCUCCAGCCUGUCCUCACAGGGUAAAGCUACAUCUGUCUCUGAACGUCUGGACUCUGCCUCCUCCACGCUGCCCAGGGCCAGCAGUGUCAUCUCCACUGCGGAGGGCACCACACGGCGUACCAGCAUCCACGACCUGCUCUCAAAAGACCAACGGCAGCCAGUCUCUGUUGACCCCACUCCUCCUUCCAAGGCUGGGGUCCGCUCCCAGCCUCCACCCAGUGAGUACCACCCCAACAGCACCAACCUAAAAGGACCCCUUACCACCACAACCACCAACCCCCCUCUGCCUAAGUCCCUCAGCUUACCAUGCCAUAGCCUGGAGGAUCCUGACCUCUCCACCCUCGAGUCUUUCCUUGGCCCAUCUUUCACUGUAGAGUCUGUGUUUAUGGACUCCAUCUUUAGUGAGUCAGCAGGCAAAAACCUCCCCUUCCUGUCUCUAAACCCAACCCUAGUCAGCAACAUCAGUGGGCCUCCUGUUCAAAAUAAAACUCACCCUCCUCCUGCUUCUAACCCACAUCGCAUUCCCUCACAAAACCAGCCACCUCACAGCCAAUCAAACAGCCAGAUCAGAUCCAGUCCAGCCAAUCUGACAGAGUUUAAUGGGGGCGUUGAUCCCAUUGGAGUGAAUAAUUCAGAGCAGUCACUCAGCCCAGAAGAAAACCAGUCCCUGUGGUAUGAGUACGGCUGUGUGUGAAGGACGGGGAGGGGCUGGCUCAAUUAAACAAGGAGAGAGAGUGACAUAAUGAUUCUCCUUCUCUGCAUGCAUUUAUAAGAGCACUGUCUAUCUCUGUGGGGUGUUUUUGUUUUGUUCUUUUCUGUUGGAUUUGGUGCUGAAUUUCUGUUGUGAUUUUUUUUUCCUGACUUUUUCUUUUAUCUGAGGUGGGACUAUAUUGAAUGUUCUUCCGUCCAACGGCCUUGAAUAUGUUUUUCUUUUUUUUUAAUUUCAUCAGUUUCCCUUCUAACACUAUACUAUUAUCUGCACCUCAGGGUUCAUGUGGGCUUUGGCUAUUUACUUAAAUGCUAAAUAAAAGAGACACUACGUAUGAUGAUUGAAGAUUCAGUGGAAGUGUCACAAGAACACAUUUCAGAAAUAGUCAUCUAUGACAAGAAGUAAAGCACUCUGGGGCUGAUGCUCUGGUAGCAACUUUCUAAUAACAAAUAAGUUUAGGAAUUUUGAAUUUGCCAGAUAAUAGAUUCACUUUACUCUUGUUUUGGUCUGAUGUUUGGAUGUAUCACUGCUUUGACUCAGGUUGCACCAUUAACUGAGUUGCAUGGCUUUUUUCUUCCACAUUAAUUUUGAUUGCUGCAAUCAAAAUGGUCUUUUUGUUUUUUUUUUCCUGAUGGUGUGACUUUGGUUUUAUGCUUUACCAUUUUAUUUUACAUGUGAUGAUGAUGAUGGGUUUUUGUUUGUUCAUGGGAUGGUGACAAAAUGAUGAAGCUUCAUUCUCAGAACGAUGUGAGAGGGAGGUUUAGUGGGUGAAGAGAAAGUUGACAAUGAAGGUGGUGGAAUAUGACCAGGACAGGACUGGGAUAUCUCAAUGGGAUAAUUUGAACAGGGAGUCAAACUAGUAAGUUGUUUAUAUUUUUCUGAUUGUUUUGAGAAUGAAGCUAACAUCAUUUCCUCUGAAAAUGUUAUUAACACUUUUUUUUGUCAUAAUGGAUUUGAAAAUGACCAUGGGAAAUAUUUAAGAUAGGAGAUAAUAUUUGAUGAUGUUUAGACUGACAGGUCUUGUACAGAUUGUAGUAAUCUUUAAGUUAUAAUCAAUGACGAGCACUGCUGUAUGUGCCAACACUAGUAGUACUUUCUGCCUAAAGCUCCUUAUUUAUUUCUGCUUUUGUAAUCUUUUCUUGUUGUUUUGAUGUUUCUUUAUUGUAUUUAUCUUAAUCUUCAGUACAUACUGGUAUAAACUAAAUGAAUAUGUUUUUGUCACAGUCUAUAGAUGUAACAUAAACAUUGCCUUUGUCCUACAGAUGUGGAGGGCAGAAAGUCUAAAAGCAGGAGCGGGGAGCCGCAGCAAAGCUGCUAACCUAACCCCCCCACCCUCGUCUAUCUACUACCAUGCUGUGAGCGCGUGGUGAGUGAGCGCUGCUUGAGCGGGAGGAAAAGGGAUCGGGGUGGAGGGAGGGGGCUCGGUCUUGUCUCCAUGGGAACCUAAAACAUGGUGUAACAGAUGUCAUCCAGCCUGCCAUGCACUUGCCUCCCCUGCUUCUCUAAGCCCACACCCUCCUCCUCCUCACUGUCCUGUUUGUCACUUUGACAUCCCUGUGGUGCCAAACACCCGUUCAGAGCCUGAUGGGACCCUGGUCUGUUUGACAUAUGGGCCGUUUCACCAUUGGAGUGGAUGAACGCUUUGCCUGUUUGUGUCCUGAUAUCCCCCCUUUAUGAGGAGUCCUCAGCAGCCGUACCCUUUCCUCUCUGUGAUGCUUCUUAUUUUGUUGGCUAAAUUCACAGCGAAGUGUCAACUGCUGGAGGAAAAACCCAGCACUUUGCUGUGUUCAGGCUUUGUUGUUAUUGCUGCAUGGCUUUGGUGUAGCGCUGAAAUCCUUCCCUCUUCUUACUCCCUUGACGGUGCAUGUAGAUUCAGGCUGCUUCCUCUGCCUCCUCUUGUAUAUCACUAUCUGCUGAUGAAGUUUCUGACUUUUAAAUUUCUUGUUUCUCUUUUCUCUCUUUUGUUACUUUUAACUCUGCCUCUUUACUGUCUCCUCUUUCUUCUUUCCAUUUCUCUUUGCUCGCCUGGAACCAGAGAGAAAGGUGGCCUUGGAGCUGUGUGUCUGAAGCCUAGUAGAUUUAAUCUGCUGAGACUGUCUACAGUGAGAAAGAUUGUACAUCCCAGUUUCCCCCUUUUUUCCCCUUUUGUUUCUGUUUAAUCCAGGACACUUGAGUAGAGAAAAGUGGCUUCCUUCUCUGUUUUGUUUUUUUCCUUGAAUCAAGGAAACAACAGAAAAGACUUAGAAAAUGGUGCAUUGACUUUUUUUGUUUUUCUAUAAAGAGUAAUUUGUGGCAGAUUGCACUGCCAUGUGUCCUUCUGUGUGACAGACAGUAACAUGUGCACUAGUCUCUGCAGACUUAAGAUUUAAGUGCCAACGUUCACACAACAGCCUAAAGGGGCAAUCUUAAACUAGACUGAAGACUCAUUUUGGAUCGUCUGUGCAGCCGGACCCUCUUCUAUUCAUAAAAGUGAGUCUUUUUAUAAGCAUGAACAUCUAGAAACAGCUUUCAGCAAGUCUCGAACAAAACAUUCUCAAAGCAUGUCAGCACCAACCUGCAAUCAGACUCAACAAUCACAAUCUGCAUGGAGCAAUCAAUCAGCCAAUCACCCCACUUCCUGUAUCCAAUCAGAGAGGAGUACAGUGUUCAGUGGGGAACACUUUGCCUGGAUGCCAAAUGGACUUGGACAGGAAGCCAUGACAGCUGUGAGAUAUCGGCAUCUGUUGCCUGCCAAUCAUGGGCGAAGGUUGACCUUUCCUUACCUGAGAAUGAGAGGAAUCAUGGGAGGGUUCCAGGUCACCUAUAUGAAAGUUGGCCUCCACAGACUGACUCCGUGAAACAAACCCUACACUCUGUUCUACUUAUCUUCAAUCAUUUAUCACAGAUCACUCACCAAACUGCUCUAUGUAUCAAUACUCAUCCUGCUCUGAGAGAGAAAAAAAAGGUAAAAACACACUUACUGUACAGUUCGUUAACAAACAUCCCAGUGUUGUGUAUGUGCUUUCUGAGGAGACACUCAGAGAGUUUCUGUUUGUACAUCUGACUCAAGUAUAGGUGACCUGUGACCUGUCCAGUGCAAACAGAACAUGCAGAUUUCUGUUGCUGUGUUGAACAUGAUGCUAAUGAUGAGACCCAGUGUUUUCCUUCUUUUCCACUUUUUACAUAAACCCAUUUGAUGUAAU